AUGGCUGACCGACAUGGUCCAUUCCACGCCCUUGUCCAGAAGCUAGAGGAGCAGCAUGAGAAGGAGGUGGCAGAUCUCAAAGCCACGAUUGGGCGUUUGGAGGCUGCCGUCAAUGCAAAGCACUCGGAUUCCGGGGACUCAUCGAAGGCGACACUCGGCCCGCGAGUUGUGCGACCAUCCCCAAUCACGACUUUCCACAUACGCGAGCCGCUUCCGGGCGGAGAACAAGCAGUGCCGAAAGAGCACAAUGCUUCGGCUUCAGAGGUCACGUCCGCACCCGGCUCCCCGAAGCCGGUGGGUGACAUCCAGGAUGUGGCCUCCAUCGAUGGGCAGCUUGACAACGAGCCGGACUUACUCAAGGUUCCCUUGCAGAUUCCGCCGCCAAGUCCGGGGGCAGGUCCCCCCGGCAGCCCCGGGGCGUCAGAUCCGGUAUCCCCGAACUCAAUACGCUCAAUGACAGGGAGUUUCUCGCUGAUGUCACCCAGGCCCAGCCAGUCUGAAGAACCGCCGGAAGAGGAAGCCAGGACACUCAUCCAGAAGAUCAAGAAGUUUGUGCGAAGCGAUACUUUCGAUCUCGUGGUCGGCCUUCUAGUGACCUUAAACUUCUUGACCAUGGCGAUGGAGCUGCAGUACGCCGGACUACAGUCUGGCUACGUUCUCUCCAUCCGGUUUUUUGACCAGCCGUCAGCUUCGGCAUGGCCCUGGGCCGCGGACUUUUUUCAGGUCAUGCGCACCAUUUUCCUUGUAUUCUUCACGUCGGAGAUCUUGCUCAGGUUCCUGUUUCUGAGGGCGGCGUUCUUCAAGACUCCCUUCAACGUUAUCGACUUUGUCGCUCUCUUGGCCUCUUUGGUGGAGCUGUUCUCGUGGAACUUGCCGGUGGAUCCCACUCUCUUGCGUCUUUGCCGUCUCGCGAAGCUGUUCAGGACGAUCCGCGUGUUGAAGGUUUCUGGCAUGCUGGACUCGCUGAGCCUUCUCGCUAGAUGCAUGAGUUCCAGUGGGCUCACCCUUGUAUGGUCUCUGCUCUUCCUCUUGGUGAUCCAGCUCAUCGCUGCCAUGAUCGUUUGUUUCAUGGUACGGCCUUACCUGGAGGAUGUCAACGAGCCUGAAGAGCGACGCCAAGAAGUGUACAAGUACUACGGCACCUUCACCAUUGCAGUGCUCACCCUCUUCGAGGUGUUCUUCGCAAAUUGGGCUCCAGCCUGCCGCGUCCUGGUCGAGAACAUCUCCGAGUGGUACUCGCUUCUCUUCCUCAUCUACCGAUGCGGCAUCGGCUUCGCCGUUAUCAAUGUCGUCAAUGCCGUUUUCGUGCAGCAAACAAUGCAAGUUGCAAAAGGUGACGAAGAGGUCUUGCUUUUGGAAAAACAGAAGGCCGAAGAGAAGUACAUGAAGAACGUGGGGAGAAUCUUCCAGACCCUGGAUACAUCUGGAGAUGGACUUCUCUCCUGGGCGGAGUUCGAAGUCCUCCUUCAAGAUAGGAAGCUGAAGUUCCUCCUGGACAAGCUCGAGAUUGCUGCGGGGGACCUGAAAACACUCUUCGAUCUCUUGGACGACACCGGCGAUGGCGAGAUCUCUGUUGAGGAAUUCCUUGAGGGCAUUACCCGCUUCAAGGGGGCGGCGAAGAGCCUUUGCCAUAGUUGGGUAGCAUUUUACAUUUUUAUGAGUACUUAG